AAAACCCCUCCUCUGUACCUCCAAGGCCAUCAUCUUCAUUCUCCACCAGCCUGUGUCUUCCGCCCAUUAAACCAACAGUUGUCAACGACUGAUCAAACACCAGAGAGAGUUCAAAACUGGCAAAAAUGCUGUCAGAAUCCGGCGAGAGACGACCCACGAAACCGCAACAAGGGGGUGCACCACCAACAGAACCGGAACACCUCCCAUGCCCACGCUGUGACUCUAGUAACACAAAGUUCUGCUACUACAACAACUACAACUCCUCUCAGCCUCGCCACUUCUGCAAGACCUGCCGGAGAUACUGGACACAGGGUGGGACACUCCGCGACAUCCCUGUCGGCGGUGGAAGCCGCAAGAAUGCCAAACGUUCUCGCACCAUCACCUCUGUCGCUACCUUCACUCAGGACAACAGGCACGUGAUUGGCACCGCCGCUCCCCUUUUGGUCCCUCUUGCCGCCGAGCACGGUGGUGCCGUACCAUUUGUAGGGGAUGCUAAGCAGCCAAGUUUGAAUUUUUGUGGAAGUUUUACUUCACUGUUGAAUAACCAGGGGCCGGGAAUGUUGGCACUGGGUCUCGGGGGGUUUGGGCUUGGGCUUGGGUUUGGGUCUGGGUUUGAGGAUUUGAGCUUUGGAGUUGGAAGGGCUGUUUGGCCUCUCCCGGGGGUUGGACUAGGAGAUGGUGGCGCUACUGGUGGUGGUGGAGAUAAUGGUAGUGUUGUGGGGAAUCCAUGGCAGCUGGAGGGUGGAGACGGUGGCUAUGGUGGUGGCGAUUGCUUUCCUGUGUCGGAUCUUGUCAUUUCCACACCCGGAAAUUGUAUGAAAUGAC